AGUUAUCUGCUCAACAUUCUCCUCACCCAGGGGCCAAGUUCAACUGCUCUGUGCUGAGUCCUGGGUAGGACUGUCACAGAGGGCAGAUUCUUCGAGCCUCCUUUCCUACAUAGACCUAGACAACUGUGUCCUUCACAGUAUCAGAGGACCACCUCAAUAUGCUGUGGCUGAAGAAUUUCCAGAUCCCACGGGGCAUCUACAAAUUCUUCCAUAGCUUCCCCCCAAGACCUUCUUAUCAGCACGGCAUAUCUACAUCAGGAAUUGGAACUCAAAGAUGGAAUGACUAUGACUCACCUGAGGAAUUUAACUUUGCAAGUGACGUGCUGGACUACUGGGCUCAGAUGGAGGAGGAAGGCAAGAAAGGCCCGGGCCCAGCUUUAUGGUGGGUAAAUGGCCAAGGAGAUGAGAUAAAGUGGAGCUUCCGAGAACUGAGGGACCUAACCCGCCGUGCCGCCAAUGUCUUUGAGCAGACUUGUGGCCUGAAGCAGGGGGAUCGCCUGGCCUUGAUUCUGCCUCGAGUGCCUGAGUGGUGGCUGGUGACAGUGGGCUGCUUUCGAACAGGGAUUGUCUUCAUGCCUGGGACUACCCAGCUGAGAGCCAAGGAUAUCCUCUACCGACUACAAGUGUCUCAAGCCAAAGCCAUUGUAACCACAGGGAGCCUUGUCCCAGAGGUGGACUCUGUGGCUUCUGAGUGUCCUACCCUGAAAACCAAGCUGGCGGUGUCUGAUAAUAACCAUGAAGGAUGGCUCAACUUCCAGUCACUGAUGAAAUCAGUAUCCCCAAACCAUACCUGUAUUAAGUCAAAGAUGAAGGAUCCCAUGGCCAUCUUCUUCACCAGUGGGACCACAGGCUUCCCCAAGAUGGCAAAGCACAACCAGGGACUUGCCUUCCGGUCCUGUAUCCCUUCAUGCAGGAAAGUGUUCAACCUGAAGACAUCUGACAUCUUGUGGUGUAUGUCUGACCCAGGAUGGAUUAUGGCUACUGUGGGGAGCCUGAUAGAACCAUGGGCAUCGGGGGCUACAGUCUUCAUCCACAACCUUCCUCAAUUCAAUCCUAAGGUCAUUACAGAGGCACUGUUUAAAUACCCCAUCACCCAAUUCCUUGGUGCACCAGCUGUAUAUCGAAUGAUUCUUCAGCAGAAAAGUGCCAAUCUCAGAUUCCCCACCUUAGAGCAUUGCCGCACUGGUGGGGAGGCCCUACUGCCUGAGGAGUACAAGCAAUGGAAGCAAAGGACAGGUCUUAUCCUUCAUGAUGUCUAUGGGCAAUCAGAAACGGGACUAACCUGUGCUGUCAUCCAGGAAAUGAAGAUGAAGAAAGGCUCCAUAGGAAAGGCCAUAUUCCCCUUCAACAUCCAGAUCAUCGAUGAGAAGGGCAACAUCCUCCCACCCAACACUGAAGGAUACCUUGGAAUCAGGAUCAAGCCCACCAGGCCUCUAGGCCUCUUUGUGGGGUAUGAGAAUAACCCAGAGAUGACGGCUGAAGUGGAAUGUGGGGACUUUUACAACAGUGGGGAUAGAGCAACUAUUGAUGAGGAUGGCUACAUCUGGUUCUUGGGCAGAAAUGACGAAAUCAUCAAUGCUUCUGGGUACCGCAUCGGGCCUGCAGAGGUGGAGAAUGCCUUGGCAGAGCACCCGGCUGUGGCAGAGUCAGCAGUGGUGAGCAGCCCGGACCCGAAUAGAGGAGAGGUGGUGAAGGCAUUUAUUGUCCUGACCCCAGGGUUCCUGUCACAUGAUCAGGAACAGCUUACCAAAGAGCUACAGCAACACGUGAAAUCAGUGACAGCACCGUACAAGUACCCCAGGAAGAUCGAGUUUGUUCCAGAACUGCCCAAAACCGUCACAGGCAAAAUCAGAAGGAAGGAACUUCGAAUAAAGGAGUUCAGUCAGAGAUCAGCAACCAACCCAUGAUCAACCCUGUGCCUUGACACAAAUCCUUGGCUGGUGGGAGUGGGGUGAACUAUAGCAAGGGUAAGUUUGAAAGAGGAAAGCUUGUGUUUUCAAAUUCAGUUACCACCUUUCCUGGGAGUCAUUUGUCCUUUAGAUGGCCACACUGAGCUCUCAAACUGGGUUUGUGAACAAUAAAAUACUAACCUGAAGAGCA